UAACUUCAUGUCGCAGUAUAUCGAACAUUUGAUAAAAUUUGAACACGUCUACAGGGUACUGGUUUUGACAUAUAUCUUAAUAAGAUCUCUUUAAAUUUUCAUCCGCUCUCCACGAGAUCGAAUCCAAUCAAUUUUUUAUGUAUUAACUUUAUUAUUAACACGCAAUGGCCAGUCCUAGAACGCGUAGAGUACUUCAAGAACUAAAGCCUAGCAAUGAAAAUGAGAAAUGUUUUGAGUGUCAAAGCCAUAACCCCCAAUGGGCAUCUGUGACAUAUGGAAUAUGGAUAUGUUUGGAAUGUUCGGGAAAACAUCGUGGUCUCGGCGUCCACUUAUCCUUUGUACGCUCCAUAACGAUGGAUAAAUGGAAAGAUGUUGAACUAGAAAAGAUGAAAGUCGGUGGUAACAGAAACGCUAGAAUAUUUUUUGAAGCACAAGCAGAUUAUGAUGAUAACAUGAGUAUACAACAGAAAUACAAUACAAAAGCAGCCGCCCUAUAUAGAGAUAAAAUUUCAACUUUAGCUCAAGGUAAAGAUUGGGAUGAAAGAAAAUCAUCUGCGCAGAGUUAUUCGGGGAUGAUGAGCAGUGUUAAUAGCUAUUCGAAUAAUUCUUCUUAUAAUAAUAGUAAUUCUUAUCAGUCUUAUCAAACGGAUGGAUACCAAAGCGGUGGAGGUGGAAGUGUUGGUUAUCAAAAUUAUAAUACUUCGGAGUUCAAAGAUCAAAAGGAAGCAUUCUUUGCUAGAGUACAAAAUGAAAAUGCUACUAGAAGAGAUGAUUUACCUCCUAGCCAAGGUGGAAAAUACAGCGGUUUUGGUUAUACUCGCGAAGCACCCCCCAGAAGCCAAUCCCAAGAAUUUUUUGAUACCACAAUGUCUUCUUUAGCAAACGGUUGGUCCUUCCUCUCGUCUUCAGCUACGAAAAUCGCCAACAAAGCAUCGGAAAACGCCAUCAAGUAUGGAGGAAUUGCCACUCAGAAGGUAGCUGAUAUUAGUUCACAUGUUUCUGAAAAGGUUAAAGAAGGUACUUUACUGGAUGAUGUUGGAUCACAAGUAUCUACUUUGGCUAAUAAGAUGAGCGAUUUAGGUAAAAAAGGCUGGAACACGGUAACCUCAACAACAAAUAAUCCAGGUGAUUACCACUCCGGGGGUUACGGCCAAGUCGGAGGUGAUAAUUACCAAUCUCCUGGAGAAAGAUCUUCUUUAGUUAGCGGUGGGCAUAGCUACAACAACGACGAUUGGAGUUGUAGCAGCCAACUUGGUUCAAAAGCUUCCAGUCCGAAAUCUCCAAAUCAAAAUUGGAAUGGGAGCAGCUGGGGGUAUCAAAACGAUGUAACACCCGGAUACCAAUCUGAAGGUAGCUUCAACGCGUACGAUUCAAAAACAACAUCUCCAACAGAAGCUGUGGUAAAACGGAGUAAAGAUAAAGGAGACAAAGAGAAAGAUAAGAAAAAGGAGCAAAAGAAAUACGAUAAAUGGGGCGACGAUGAACUAUGGGAGAGCCUCAAUAAUUAAAAUAGUGCAAUUUCGUUUUUGACUUAGCCAAUAAUACUUAUAUUGAGAUUAAAAAGUUGAUGUGCUACAAAAAGAUAAAAAUACAAAGAAAGAAACGUAAUGUUAUCAUACAAAAGAAGGAUCUUCAAACAUUUCUUCUUUAUUUAUGUAUAUUUUUUUA